AGAAAGAUUAUUGCAGUUUCGGUUUUGAGAGUCACCAGAGUGAGCAAAUUCCUCAAUUUUCAGGAGUGUUUGUGGAGGUUACUUAUCAGGCAACUCCAGAUUUAAAGGUACAGUGAUGGAUCCAGUCAACUUUACAGAGAGUCCUCUCAAUCAAAACACAUCUGAGUUUGAAUAUUAUGACUACUAUGAGAAUACGGAGCUUGAGAAAUCUCUUAACAUCAUGUCACUCAUAGUGUACACCUUGGCUUUUGUACUCGGAGUGGUAGGCAAUGGCAUUGUGAUUUGGGUAACUGGAUUCAAAAUGAAAAGAACAGUCAACACUGUUUGGUUCUUGAACCUUGCUGUGGCUGACUUCCUCUUCACUGCCUUCCUCCCUCUCAGCGUGGCUUAUACAGCUAUGGGCUUCCACUGGCCUUUUGGCCAGUUCAUGUGUAAAUUCAACAGCACCCUUAGUUUCCUCAACAUGUUUUCAAGUGUGUACAUCCUGGUCGUGAUUAGCAUUGAUCGCUGUGUGUCUGUGGUCCGUCCAAUCUGGGCACAGAAUCAUCGGAAUGUAAGUCGUGCAUCUGUGAUGAGCUUAGCAGUUUGGUUAUUUGCCCUGGUUUUGAGCUCUCCCUACUUUGUCUUCAAGGACACUGCACCAGACCACAGCAAUGAAAACAUAAUUAACUGCUUCAAUAACUUUGCCUUCUCUGAUGACUAUGAAACACCAGAGAUCGUGGCGCUCCGUACGUUACGCCACCGUGCCAUGAUCGUUACCCGUUUCCUCCUAGGCUUUGUGGUGCCUUUUGUAAUUAUUGUCUCUUGCUAUGCAGUUAUCAUCCAUAGUCUCCAAAGAAACUGUUCGAUGUCUGGACGAACUGGACGUCCUUUCAAGAUAAUUGCUGCUGUGAUCACCGCCUUCUUCUUGUGCUGGGCUCCGUACCAUAUCCUAGUCCUCAUUGAGAUGGUAAACCACAUGGCAACUAAAUUCAGCCCCACCCUACAGUAUGUCACUACUGUUGGAAUUCCCGUUGCAACCAGUUUGGCUUUCCUAAACAGCUGCCUAAACCCUUUGUUGUAUGUUUUCAUGGGACAAGACUUUAAAGACAAAGUGCGUAAGUCUGUCCUGAAGGUCUUGGAAACAGCUUUCACAGAAGAAGUUUCACGCACAAAUACCUGCACACAUUCAAUGCACAUCAUUCGAAACAAAGAGCAAGGAAGUAAGUCCUUCUCUGAUGCUGAAGUAUAACAAAGAGACAUGAGGCACCAUGUCUAAGGGAGGACAUUAAAGUGACUGGUCAGUCAAUUUGACACAUGGGUAACUGGAAGAUCCUGGAUCAAAAGAACUUUCAGUUAGUUUAAAGCUAUACAUAAAAACACUGCCUUGCAACUGUGUGUGUGUGUGGGGGGGGGGGUUAGGUUGCAAACUGGUAAUUACAAGGGUAUUAUGCUAUAAAUGUGGUUUAUGAGGACAUUUCUAGUGUCCCCAUAAUUCAAAUUGCUUAAAAACAUACUAAACGAUGUUUUAUUGAAAAUGUAAAAAUGCAGAAAGUUUUUUGUGAGGGUCAGGUUUAGGUGUAGGGGUAGGGUUAGAGGAUAGAAUCUAUAGUUCGUACAGUAUAAAAAUCAUUAUAUCUAUGGAGAGGCCUCAUAAUGAUAGCUGCACCAACAUGUGUGUGUGUGUGUGUGUGUGUGUGUGUGUGUGUGUGUGUGUGUGUGUGUGUGUCAUUAAUGAAAUACCUAUUAAGUGUUGUGGAAAACUUUGUAUUGAUUUGUAUAAAUGUAAAUUUGUGAUUUUAUUGAGGGCCUUAAUCAGCAGUGUAAUAGAAUGAAGUUUUUCAAGCAUUGAACAUGUCGGGAGAGCAGUUUCUUAUGCAAUUUCUGUAUAACUAAUUUUUUUUUUUUUUAAAUAUUUCAUAAAGUUACAUCUCUGUCAUGUCAGGUUUAUCCAAAAACAUAAAAUUAAUUAAACUUACCAGUUUAGCUAAUUAAACUCAUCUCAUCACAUUUUUAAUAAGGUGUGGAUCUCUCUGUAUCUGUACAAUCAUGUGUCAAUAUCAUU